AUGCUCGCGACGCCGUGCUACGGCGGGCACAUCACGGACGCGUUCCACCUCUCCGUGAUCCGCGCGUACGAGCACUACGCCGCGUCGGACGCGGUGUCGCUCGUGUCCGCGACCGUCCCCGGGAUCGCCGACCUCCCGAAAGCGCGAGGCGCGCUCGUCGCGCAGUUCCUCCGCGAUCCGUCGCUCACGCACCUGCUCUUCGUCGACGCGGACGUCGCGUUCGCGCCGGAGCUCAUCCAGCGGUUCGCGGAGUCGAAUCACGACGUCGUCGCGGGGAUGUACCCGAAGAAAGGGAUCGACUGGGGUCGCCUCGCGUCGCGCCUCUCCGAGCCGCGCGGCGACGCCGACGCCGCCGCAAACGCCGCCGUCGACGAGACGACGCUUCUGCGCGCGGCGUCGCACGAUUACCCCCUCGAGUUCGAGCACGAGACCGACCCGAUCGCCGGCGGCGAGGUCGGGACGUUGCACAUCGACGACGACGGCUUCGCGAGGGUCGGUCGCGCGCCCACGGGGUUCACGAUGGUGUCCAGGAGAGCGUUGCGCAUGAUGGUCGAGGCGUAUGGGGAACGGCUGGCGUAUCUGGAUCCGGGCACCGGCGCGACGCACUACGCGUUCUUUCACCCGCUGUUCAAGGAGAACGACGGGGAAGACGGGGGGGAUGAAGCGAAGACGACGCGGCACUUCGUCAGCGAGGACUUUUCGUUCUGCGACCGGUGGAGGAACGUGACCGGGAACGACGGCGUGUGGGUGGACACCGUCGGGUGGGUCGAUCACGUGGUGUCGCCGGGCGUGAUUUUCUCGGGGGAGGCGUGGUUGCGGCGGUUCACGUUGGGUGGUGGGGGUGGUGGGGGUGGGGGUGGCGGGGGUGGGAGUGGUGGGGGUGGGGGUAGAGAGGAGCUGUGA